UUGUACGCACAAACGUGAGCCAGAGGAAAAUCUGAAACAAUAAGACGCUCCACCAUCAAUCUCUCCCUCGUCUCCUAUAUACGUACUACAUGCACCUCUCGGAAUUCUGGAACUCCCAAAACCCCCAGCCAUGGCCUCCUUCUCUAACCCUGAUCUCUUUGUACUCUUCUCCUUCUCUUCUCUCGUCUUCCUCCUCCUCGCCGGCGGAAGCGCCGCCACCAUGGAGGCGGCGCCGACGUCGCCGUCGAACGGGACGACGAUCUACGAGCUGCUGCCGGAGUACGGCCUCCCGUCGGGGCUCCUCCCAGACACUGUGAAGUCCUUCCAGCUUGCCUAUGACGGCAGCUUCGUGGUGGAGCUGGAGGGCCCCUGCUACGUGCAGUUCGAGUACCUGGUCUACUACGAGGCCCGGAUCACCGGCGUCGUCAAGUACGGCAGCAUCGAGGAUCUCCGGGGCAUCCAGGUCCGCCGAUUUUUCCUCUGGUUCGACGUUGACUCCAUCAAGGUCGACCUCCCGCCCUCUGACUUCAUCUACUUCGAGGUCGGCUGGAUCACCAAGAAGCUCACCGUCGGCCAGUUCGAGGUUGUUCAUUCUUGCCAGGACAACGGGCUUGCCGGCCGAGUGAGGAGGGCCGCCAAUACUUUUCUUCAGAGCACCUUCAUUCCUCAGCUUUAGGGGAAAAGUGAUGUAAACCAUAUGCACCAGCAAAUGGCAUGCGAAAAGUUUCUUCAAAAGGACCAAACUCGUUGGACAACAAAUGGUGGAAGAGUUACUCUAGAAAUGGGUUUUCUCUGUAAGGCUGUAGGGGGAUGUUUAGUUCUGAAGGUUGUAAUGGUUUUUCAUGUCCUUAAAUGUCGAAGUCCUUAUGCAAUGAGAUACCCUCUGUUUUCCCAUGUUUUAUUUCUCUGAAAAGUCCAGUUUUACAAAUUAAAAACAAGUGUGACUGCUUCUAGCAUACCUCAGUCCCAUGCAUCAUUAUCUGGAACCAUGAAGAAAUACUCGGACCAUUUUUACAAUUUUUCUGCAAGGGGUAAUGUAUGAUGCUGGCAGAUGCUGUAUGAUCAGCUGCCGGAAUUUGUUUGCUGGCUUUUUUCAGUCAAUGGUUGUACAAGUGUU